UCGGCGACGCGUAUCGGAUGACGAUCGAGAGGAAAACGUGUGUAUCGUAGAUUCGCAACGACCUUGGACGUCUCGGCUCAGCAGGCGUUCGUAGGAAAGUGACGUGUUGGCGCGAGCACACGCAUAGGUGUCACCUCCACCAUGGAGCAGUGCGACGAGAUCGUGAUCGGGAUCGCGUAUAGGUGAGAGGCCUCACUGUCGGCAGGGUGUCCCGUUAGGGGACCUAGAAGGCCCACGAGGGGCCACAGCCAAUCGUAUCAACCUGGUUCCGAGCACACCGGAACGUAUCCUCGCCCGAUGAGGAUCGCCUGCCAACCGGUCGGUCGAGCCGAUCGCUCAACCGGUAUCCAUCCGAUUCGCGGUCUUUCGUUCGCCUCGAAUAUCGGGCACAUCGAGCGCGCGGGAAAUCGUUUCGUAGCGAGAAUGUGAACGCCGAUAUUUCGCUGAAACACUGCCAGACCGUUUGUCGCGUUGAGGACACGCUCGAGGGGUGAUCGAGCCAUGGGCCGCACGGGAUACACGUGCAUCAGGCACGUUUUCUGCUCCCUCAACGUUCUCAUCUGGUUAUGCGCUUGCGGAAUUUUGGGUGCAGGCCUCUGGCUCCGAUUGGCUUACUCCGGAUACACGACCUUGGUGCCGCACUACAGUUUCGCGUCAGCUGACUCGUUGCUGCUCGCCGCCGGAUGCGUGACCUUCGUCAUCGCCUUCUUCGGAUGCUGCGGCGCGUGGUUUCAAUCGAGAUGCAUGCUAAUCACGUACUUCGGUUUGGUCAUACUCAUGUUCCUGGGCGAGUUCAUGCUGGGCACCCUGGCCUUCAUCUUCAGGGAACACCUGGCCAAGAGUUUGAAGGACGAGCUGCUGUUCGGCAUCGAGAAGCACUACAAUCUGACCAGGGAACCUGGAACACUUCCCGCUAUAUGGGACCACAUACACACGGAGUUCCACUGCUGCGGCGUGCGGGAUUACACGGAUUGGUUCCGAAUCGACGCUUGGCCGACGGAGGACCGCGUGCCCGAUUCGUGUUGCGUGCAGAGAGAACGGUAUUGCGGUCGCCUCGACUCCGAGGGGCGUAACAAGGAGCUCUGGUACAAGGAAGGCUGCGCGACAGCUAUUCAAAUGUGGCUGGUGACCAGGCUGCACGUGGUCGGGACCGUUGGCCUGGUGGUUGCCUUCCUCCAGUUGUUCGGCCAGGUGGCCAGCAUGAUCCUCUUCUGCACCGUCAGGCACAAGAGGUCGUCCCACACGUACAAGAGUUACGACACCACCAACACCUAGAAUUUCAGAUGGAUCUUAGACGAGACCAGUGUCUAAGAUCCAUCGAAGCUCUAAUCGAUUAUAUAUAUAUAUAUAUAUAUUUAUAUACUCACUCGAUUUUGCUCGAAAUUGAACGGCGUACCAGUAUCCCUCGUUUCUACGUUGCCUGUGUUCAACGUGUAUCUAAUCGGUUGCUCCGCCGGCAGGCAAACGGAUAAAUCGAAGGGGCAGAAGAGGAGAAGAAUACAAAAUGUCGAGAUUUCUCGUUCCC